AAUUGUGAAUUGUGAUUGUUUGUGAAGUGUGAAGUAUUUUGUGAUUUUUAACGCUAAUGCUAUUAUAAACGACUUUUCUUAAACACUAAGAGGGAAAAAAGUCUUCUGUAAGUAAACUAAAUAUACAUAAAAUGUCUGAUACAAGUGACCUGGACCGUCAAAUAGAACAAUUGAAAAGAUGCGAAAUAAUAAUGGAGGCGGAGGUUAAAGCACUUUGUGCGAAAGCCCGCGAGAUUCUUGUAGAAGAAAGUAAUGUGCAACGAGUAGAUUCACCAGUUACGGUUUGUGGUGACAUUCAUGGACAAUUUUAUGACCUCAAAGAGUUAUUUAAAGUAGGCGGUGAUGUACCAGAGACUAAUUAUCUGUUUAUGGGUGAUUUUGUUGACAGAGGCUUUUAUUCAGUAGAAACUUUCUUACUAUUACUUGCAUUGAAGGUCCGUUAUCCAGAUCGUAUCACAUUAAUCCGUGGCAACCAUGAAUCCCGUCAGAUUACACAAGUUUACGGGUUCUAUGAUGAAUGUUUGAGGAAAUAUGGUUCAAUUACUGUGUGGAGGUAUUGCACAGAAAUCUUCGACUAUUUAUCACUAUCAGCCAUAAUUGAUGGACGGAUAUUCUGCGUGCAUGGUGGCCUGAGUCCAUCUAUACAGACACUCGAUCAAAUACGUACGAUCGACCGUAAACAAGAAGUACCACAUGAUGGACCUAUGUGUGACUUAUUGUGGAGUGAUCCGGAAGACACUCAAGGGUGGGGGGUAUCACCUCGUGGCGCAGGCUACCUGUUUGGCUCGGAUGUGGUGGCGCAGUUCAAUGUAUCCAAUGAUAUAGACAUGAUCUGCCGCGCUCACCAGCUCGUCAUGGAGGGCUACAAGUGGCACUUCAAUGAGACCGUACUCACAGUCUGGUCCGCACCCAACUAUUGCUACAGAUGUGGCAAUGUAGCGGCUAUCCUAGAACUGAAUGAGAAUCUCCAACGUGAGUUCACAAUAUUUGAGGCAGCACCGCAGGAGUCCCGAGGUGUACCCUCAAAGAAACCACAAGCGGAUUACUUCUUAUAAUGUUAAAUAUAGACAAUUGUGGACGCCGGAUGAAUAGAGACGUAGUGAUACAACAACUUUAACGUGUUUAGUGAUUGAACGAGUGUUUCCUUUUUUCUAAGACCAAUGUGAAUGCUUUCUGUGUGUUAUUAAAUAAUGCUUUUUAUA